GACUCGGGGCCGCUCUGUCGCUGCUGUGCCCGGACUCUGGGCAGUGCUGUCGGGAUUACCCGUGUUGCGGGAUCCAGGAGCGGCUGCCCGACCGCACCUGCGGCUGCCCCCGGCGGCAUUGCGUAGAAUACAGAGCCUCAGAGGAGCAGGUCGCCUUUCUUGAGACAGGCAGCAUUCAGGGCUUAGCUCUGUUUGACCUCACUCACCGCGGCUGACCCGGCUUUCAUGUAUCCAGAGACUCUUCUUGGGAGGAGGCUGGAAGAGUAGACUUGGGGAGGAGAAGGAAUGCAGCUGUUCUCUUGGAAGCAGGGCUCUUCCAGAAUAGCGAAUGUUUCAAGUAUGUGUGUAUUUGAGAAAAAUCUGGGAAGGAUGAUCUCUGAGGACGGUGUGCCUGUUCAGAAUUGCCCCGACUGUUAACUUUCAUUUAUUUCUCAGAGAGUCUUUAUGUCCCGAACGCUGGUGGUAUAGAGAUGAAUGAAGCUCAAGAGGUCAAGGAAGGCUCCCCGUUAGUGGUCCUUGAAUUGUCCAACAGGUUGAGGAAAAAUUGGCAAGAAAAAUGGGUAAGAGGCUGACGCAUGAUGUUGCUGAGAAAAAUCGUGCUUCGACAAGGAUACCAGGUGGAAGUUACUACGGCUCAGAGAGGAGCUCUUCCGAUGACGGGGUGUAGCCCUGUGUUUGCCAUGCAGCACAUUGUGGGUGUGCCCCAUGUGCUGGUACGAAGAAGCUUCCUUGGAACGGAGCUCCUUAUGACCAGGACUCUGUGCAGUCCAGGUCCCAGCCAGCCCAGAGAGAAGCGACCAGAGGCUGCGGCCUUAGGGCUGUAUCACCGCCUCCCAGCAUUGGGAAGAACGCUGGGCCACACCAUUCAGCAACAAGCAACCUCCACCGCCAAGGCUUGGUGGGACAGAUAUGAAGAGUUUGUGGGACUCAAUGAAGUCCGAGAGGCUCAGGGAAAUGUGACUGAGGCAGAGAAUGUGUUCAUGGUGGCUCGUGGCCUUGUCCGAGAGGCUCGGGAGAAUUUAGAGGCGCAGCAGGCUAAGCUGAAGGAGGUAAGGGACCGUUUGGACCGAGUCUCCAGGGAGGACAACCAGUACCUGGAACUGGCUACUUUGGAGCACAGGAUGCUGCAGGAAGAGAAGAGGCUCCGCGCAGCACAUACGCGUGCCGAGGACUCAGAGCGGGAGAAGUUCUCUCUCUUCUCUGCAGCUGUGCGGGAGAGCCACGAGAAAGAACGUGCAAGGGCCGAAAGGACUAAGAACUGGUCCCUCAUUGGGUCAGUUCUCGGAGCUUUGAUCGGUGUGGCCGGCUCCACCUAUGUUAACCGUGUCCGGCUACAAGAGCUGAAGGCCUUACUCCUGGAGGCUCAGAAAGGGCCUGUGAGUCUCCAGGAGGCCAUCCGUGAACAGGCUUCUAGCUACUCCCUCCAGCAGAGAGACCUCAAGGACCUUAUGGUGGAUCUGAAGGGCCUGGUGCAUGCUGGGCAGGACCAGGGCUCUGGGUCAUCAAGAGGUGCCUCUUCUACCCGAGGAAAAGACAUAGAUGUCCUUUCAGCUGCCAUGAAAGAGCAGCUCAGUCAUUCCCGGCAGGUCCAUUCCUGCCUAGAGGGUUUACGAGAGCAGCUUGAUGGCCUGGAGAAAACGUGCCGUCAAAUGGCUGGGGUGGUUCAGCUCUCAAAGGCCGCAGCACACCCGGACCUGACGGAGCCAGCAGCCGGGGCCCUGCCCAGCUCUCUGCUGGAACAAGGGAGCAUGAUCUUGGCCCUGGCUGAUGUGGAGCAGAGGCUAGAAGCCCAAGUCAACAGGAAUACUAUCUGCAGCACACUGGUCACCUGUGUGACUGUUAUGGCCACGCUUCCUGUGCUCUACAUGUUGUUCAAGACCAGUUAGCCCUGGGCUCCCUCUUCAAAGGGGCCUAAGGGGGAGUGUGGCUUUUGUUGGUGAGAUAAUGAAUCUUGAGGUACACAAAACCUCAGACUGACUGAGUACCAUCUGAGGGGCUCACCAGCAGGUAUAUUUUAUUUUAUAGGUAAUACUUACAUUAAUUAUCAAAACUUUGUGCAAAUGUCCAAUUAAAAUAUCUAAGAAUUUGUAUUA